AUGUCGACGACGAAACCAAAUAAAUUGAGUGUUGUAUGGACAAGAAGAAGUAGAAGAGUUAGCUCAGAACCACUUGAAUGGGAGCCUUGUUUGAGUGAUCCAUUUAUUGGUAUUGUCAGUUGGUCUGUACCUGAUAAUCAUUCAAUAACAGUUACAUUAUUUAGAGAUCCAAGAACACUUGAACUUGAAGAUAAAGAAUGGACAUUUGUCGUUGAAGAUGUAUCAACAAAUGGUAAAAGACGUCAUGUUGCUGCAACAAAUAUUAAUAUGAAAAAAUAUGCAACGACAUUUUCAACUCAACAAAAGCUUUUGUUAGAUCUCAAACCAACAUCAAAGAAAAUUGUUAGAUCAACACUUGAGUGUACUUUGUCCUGUGUUCUUAUACGUGAAGGCAAAGCAACAGAUGAAGAUAUGCAGAGUAUGGCAAGUUUAUUUUCUGUGAAUAAUGAUAUUGCUGUAUUGGAUGAUUUUGAUAAUGAAGACAUACCAGAAGACAUUGAAGAAGUAUCAUUAAAUAAUAUUGAUGAAAUAUUAGAUAUAUCAACACAAAUUGAUUUAAUGACAAAUAGUUUAACUGACAAUGAAUUAGCAAGUACACCAAUAAGUAUUGCAAGUAUUGCUAAAGAUGAUACAAUAAAUCAUUUAAAUGAUAAUAUUCAUAUAUCACGUGGUAUAAGUUUAACUGGUAUGUCUGAUAAAUAUAAAGAAAUAAUAAGCGAUGAUAUUGCUAUUGAAAAUGAUAAAAAUAAAUCAAUGAGAUUAAAACUACAACCAUUAGAUCUUAAAAAAAAUGAUAAUGGUUUACAAAAAUUUAGAGAUAUAACACCUGGACAAGAUUUAUUAGAAUGGUGUAAAGAUAUAACACGUAAUUAUCCUGGUGUUAAAGUUACAAAUCUCACAACAUCUUGGCGUAAUGGUAUGGCAUUUUGUGCUGUUAUACAUCAUUUUAAACCAGAACUCAUAGAUUUAGGAUCAUUGUCAGCUUUGGAUGUCAAAGGAAAUUGUAAAAAAGCAUUUGAUGCUGGUGAAAUACUUGGAAUUCCUCGUGUUAUUGAACCAGCUGACAUGGAUAUAUUAACGGUACCAGAUAAACUAGCUGUUAUGACAUAUUUAUAUCAAUUAAGAACCCACUUUACUGGUCAUGAAUUAGAGGUACAUCAAAUUGGCAAGACAACUGAUGAAUCAUCAUAUAUGAUUGGAAGAUUUAAUACUGAUAAUAAUUCAGAUGUUAGUGUUCAAUUAUUUGGUCAAGAAAUAAUAAAUAUGAGAAAAAAAGAACAGCUAGAAUCUAGAAUUAAUAAAAAUGAUAGUAAUAGACGUUCAAAUCCAUUUGAUUAUAAAAGAGAUGAAACAUCUGUUGAAGCAUUGAAACAAAAAUUACAUCUAAGUCUUAGCACAGAAUCUCAAGACAAUGAUAUUGGUAAAGAUAAAUCACCAUCAAGUGUCAAGGAUGUCAAGGAUAUUAUUUUAGCAAGCUCAAAAAGUAUCCUUGGAAAAGUUUUAUCACCAACCAAAGAAAAAUAUACAACUAGAGAAAAAAGCAAAUCACCACCACGUACAUUAAAUGUUCAACGUCCAAUUUUAAUGACAAGACGUCAAUUGACUGAUCCAUUUGGCUCAGAUGAUGAAGAAGAUAAUUUAAAAGUUUUGGAUGACAAUAGAUCACAAUCAAUAUCAUUAACAAAAUCACCAAUAACACCUCGAGAUGAGUUUAAUGACCGAAGCAUGCGAGCAAGUUCUGAAGGUCGUGGUGGAAUUUCACCUCUCAAUAUUGAUGCACGAACACCACAUCCAUUGGUUACUCGACAUGAUGAACUACGUGAACGUGCACGUCAACUUUUAGAACAAGCAAGACAAACAAAAACAACAUCUGGAGUAACUUCACCUGUAUCAAGUCCAAUUGAUUCACAAAAUGAUGAAGAUCGUCAACAACAAUUGCGUGAAAGAGCUCGUCGUAUAAUUGCUGAAGCUAGAAUGGGUACUGUGGUAUCACCGAGUCAAAUAAUUGAUGAUAAUUUUGAUAGACGAUCAAUUGAUGAUCAAAAUAAUAGCCCAAGAAGAAGUAUGACACCAUCAACACCUGGUGAUCGUUUCAAUAUUAAAAUUGAACACAAUGGAAAUUUAUCGUCAAAUGCAAGUGCAAUUGAUGGUGAAAAAAAAACAAAUUCCCCCUUGUAUUCAUUCUCAAAAAUCUUGGAGAGAAUUUCACCGGAUAAAAAUAGUCCUGAACGUAGUCCACAAACACUUCGUGGGUUGGGAAAAGAUAUGACAUCGUAUAUUCAAAAUGAACUUGAGGCAUUAGAAAGAGAACAAAGCCAAAUUGAUAUACAAGCUAGUAAACUUGAAAAGCAACUUCGUGCUGCAAUGGAAAGUGACAAUGAAGAAGAUACUGAAAGACUAAUGUCACUUUGGUUUACACUUGUAAAUAAAAAAAAUGCAUUAUUACGAAGACAAAUGCAAUUGAAUAUAUUAGAAAAAGAGGAUGAUUUAGAGCGUCGUUUUGAACUUUUAAAUCGUGAAUUAAGAAGUAUACUUGACGUUGAAGAUUGGCAAAAAACAGCUGAACAAAAAAAAAGAGAAGAUUUACUACUUGAUGAGCUUGUUUCAAUUGUUAACAAAAGAGAUGAACUUGUUCAUCAUCUUGAUAAUCAAGAAAGAGCAAUUGAAGAUGAUGAUGAAAUUGAAAGAGAUUUAUCACGAGCUGGUUUAGCCCAUCGUAAUAAAAAUUGUCUUAUUCAGUAAUAAUAAAAAUAAUUAAAAUAAAAAAACAAUGAGCUAAAUAAUGCUGCUGUUGAGUUGCCAAAGAACAAAUAAAUAAUUUAUUUAGUUGAAAUUUUGGUAAAUAAUUAUGUUAAAUUGAAAUUGUUUUUUUUUUUUUUUUAAGUUACCAAUCUAUUUUUUAAACAAAAAAAAGUAAUAAUAAUUCAGGCAAUUUAUUAUAACUUGAUGUUUUAUAAUGGAAAAAAAAAAUAAUAUAAAAUUAUUUUUAUUUAAAUUAAAUGAAAGAUAAUUUAUCGCAAAAAGCUCUCUUGAAAAUACAUUCAUAAAAAAAAAUUAUAAAAUAAUUAAAUAUGAAUUUAAAAAAUUAAAAUAACACACUCAUAUUUUCUUUGAUAUAAUAUGGUGCGUUUGAUAAAUAAUUAUAUAUUUAUCAGCUAUUAAUAAUUAUUGAGCAAUUAUCAUUCACGAGUAAUAUUUAUAUGUGAUUUAAUUAUUUCAUUAACAUAAAUUAAUAUUAAUCAUAAUAUCAUACUCAAUGACUGUGCCAUACGAGCAUUUCGGUGCAAUUUUCACGUGCAAAAAUAAUAAUCAACAUAGCAUGAGUGAAAUUAUAAUAAUUAUUAUUAUAUUUAAAAAAAAAAAAAUUAAAGAAAGUAAGAUGAAUUUAUUUAAUCAUUGCUCACUGUUCACUUAUGAUUCUUGAUGUUAUUCUUGAUUAAUAAUUUGAAGAAAGAAAUAAUUUAAUUAUUACUUUAAAUUGUGAUUAUUUAAAAGAGUUUUAAUUUUUAUGCCAAAUUUUUUGAACGCUGUUGAAUUAUUUUAAGAGUUGAAACAAAAAAUUAAUAAAAUUAUAUUUAGGUAAUGUUUUUUUUUUCUUUUUUGGUUGAAUGUUUUCGUCGAUUAUCAUUUUAAUAAAAAUGUAUUCUAAAAAAGCACUAAAAUUAAGGUACAUAAAUCUUUUUUUUUGCAUAAUAAAUAUGAGCUUGAUGAUAAUUUUAUAAAUUUAUUUGAUAAAUGAUUUAUAUAAUGAUAAUCUCUCAACAAAUAGAUAGUGUGCAUUAUGCACAAGCGUGAUUUAGCAAAUAAUAUUUAGCAAUGAUUGAAUACAGGUGCAAAAAAUAAUAAAAAAAUAAAUAAAUGUCCUUAAAAAUAAUAAUGAUUAUACAAGUAAGAAAAAUAUAAAAUAACAAAUACACAAAUUCGUCCACAUUUUAUGUAAAUAAAUAAAUAAUUGCAAUUAUUAAAUUUUAAAAAAUAAAUAUAAACAAUACAUAAAACUGAUAAUCUUUUUUUUAUUGUGAGAAUAAUUAUAUCUGUAAAUAUUGGCAAUAAUAUUAAUCAUAUUUUUUUUUUCUUUUGUUAUUUAAAACUUAAAAUUAAAAUUUACAAUGUUUAUUUCAAAUAUUUUAUAAAUAAUUUUUACUCAAAAAAUUUAUAACUAUUAAAAAAAAACUUAAUUUUCGACAAUCAAAAUUUAAAAACGCAAUGAAUUGACAAAACGAAAAAAUAAUAUCAAUUUUUAUGAUUUGUUUUUCUUUUUAUAAAACCAAUUUGUAUAUGUUUUAUUAAAAUUUUUUGCAAACAUAAUAAUGUGUGAUAAUUAUGUGACAAUUUUGUCGAUAAAAUAAUAAUAAUAAUAAUAUUAUAUCUCACUUAUUGUUUUGACUUAUGUACAAUUAUAUAUUUAUUGGAUUAAAAAUCUUAUUUCUUCCUUAA